AAGAAAAGGAAAAAUGAUCUCUAUCCGUAUUUUAUACAGAUACAAAUAAAUCCUGGUUACAAACCCUAGUUUUUUUUUCUCUCUUUUCUUUUCUGCUCUGCUCUUAUUUUCUGCUCUGCUCUUAUAUAAGGGUGAUCAAGAAAGUAGGAGUAAACAAGAUUCAAGAGAGGGAGAGGGAGAGGGAGAGACAGUGUGUGGGUUUGUGAGACACAGGGAGGGUGGUGAUCAGGGUAAGGUAUCCUGAGAUUUGCUGUAUGUCAGUAGAUUGCAUUGGGAGUUACUACGGCGGAUUCGGUGAGCUUGCAAAUCCUCUACAAUGGCCACAGCUACGGAAAAAGCGACGUCCUGCUGCGUUAACACCAAGCCUGAUCCCCUGCAACGAGAGGCAGCCGCUGCUGCUGUUGCAUCGGACACUGGGGUCGUUAAGGAUUGGAGGAAUGUUGCAGCCGGUGAUCAGCUUGACAGCAAGCCACAAAAGAGAGCUGCCAUGGCGACCUUGAUUCAUCCUGUUGAUCCUAUCCCUGAAGCUUCAGCAACAGGUUCCACCAAAGGGAUCCAAAUCAUGACGAGGGCUCAAACCAGCCACCCUUUGGACCCAUUGGCUGCUGCUGAAAUUUCAGUAGCAGUGGCAACUGUCAGGGCCGCUGGAGCUACCCCUGAGGUUAAUUGUGCUAUGUUUAUAAAGGAUGCGGUGGAAUAUGCUGAAUGUGAAGCUGUUGUUAAAGACUAUCCUCCAUUUCGGGAGGCAAUGAAGAAAAGGGGUAUUGAGGACAUGGAUCUUGUGAUGGUAGAUGCCUGGUGUGCUGGUUAUCAUAGUGCCGCGGAUGCUCCUAGCCGCAGGCUUGCAAAACCUCUUAUUUUCUGUAGGACUGAGAGUGACUGCCCGAUGGAGAAUGGUUAUGCUCGUCCAGUUGAGGGCAUUAAAAUUCUCGUUGAUAUGCAAAAUAUGGUAGUUAUUGAGUUUGAAGACCGCAAACUUGUGCCCUUGCCUCCCGCCGACCCAUUAAGGAAUUAUACUGCUGGUGAGACACGAGGAGGCGUGGACCGCAGUGAUGUAAAACCUCUGCAAAUUGUUCAGCCCGAUGGUCCAAGCUUUCGUGUUAAUGGUUACUUUGUCGAAUGGCAGAAAUGGAACUUUCGUAUUGGCUUCACUCCGAGGGAGGGUCUUGUCAUCUAUUCUGUUGCAUAUAUUGAUGGCAGUCGGGGUCGGAGGUCCGUAGCUCACAGGUUGAGCUUUGUUGAGAUGGUAGUACCAUAUGGAGAUCCAAAUGAUCCCCAUUACAGGAAGAAUGCAUUUGAUGCAGGCGAAGAUGGCCUUGGCAAAAAUGCUCAUUCUCUUAAGAAGGGAUGUGAUUGUUUAGGCUAUAUCAAAUACUUCGAUGCUCACUUCACAAACUUCACUGGUGGAGUUGAGACGAUUGAAAACUGUGUUUGUUUACAUGAAGAGGACCAUGGUAUCCUAUGGAAGCAUCAAGAUUGGAGAACAGGGUUGGCUGAAGUUCGACGGUCUCGACGUUUAACAGUGUCUUUCAUAUGCACUGUUGCUAAUUAUGAGUAUGGAUUCUUCUGGCACUUCUAUCAGGAUGGGAAAAUAGAAGCUGAGGUUAAACUAACGGGUAUUCUUAGCUUGGGAGCACUGCAGCCAGGGGAAUCCAGGAAAUAUGGUACAACUAUUGCACCAGGACUAUAUGCACCAGUUCAUCAACACUUCUUUGUUGCUCGAAUGGACAUGGCUGUUGAUUGUAAGCCCUUUGAACCAUUCAAUCAGGUGGUUGAGGUGAAUGUUAAAGUUGAAGAGCCAGGAAAGGAUAAUGUUCACAACAAUGCGUUCUAUGCUGAAGAGGAACUGCUCAGAUCUGAACUGCAAGCUAUGCGUGACUGUGAUCCUUUUUCAGCCCGUCACUGGAUUGUUAGGAACACAAGAACUGUCAAUCGGACUGGCCACUUAACAGGCUAUAAGUUGGUGCCUGGUUCAAAUUGUCUGCCAUUAGCUGGUUCUGAGGCAAAAUUUUUGAGAAGAGCUGCUUUUUUGAAGCAUAAUCUUUGGGUCACAUCAUUUGCACGUGAUGAAAAGUAUCCAGGUGGAGAGUUUCCUAAUCAAAAUCCACGUGUUGGUGAAGGAUUGGCUACAUGGGUUAAGCAAAACCGGUCUCUUGAAGAAACUGAUAUAGUUCUGUGGUAUGUGUUUGGAAUUACACACAUACCUAGACUGGAAGACUGGCCGGUGAUGCCAGUGGAGCACAUUGGUUUUAUGCUGCAGCCACAUGGGUUCUUCAAUUGCUCUCCUGCAGUGGAUGUCCCACCGAAUGCGAACGACGUGGAUCUGAAGGACAAUGGGGUGGCAAAACCUGUUCAGAAUGUGAUAUUGGCAAAGCUCUGAAAUGGCUGCUGAAGAUGAUCUUUUAAAACUGGUUUUACAGUUGUGGUUGUUUUUUUCUGAAUGUCUGCUUUGAUUGAACCCACUAGAUCACUGUUAUAUAGAUUAUAGUAGAAAGUGGAUGUAACAUUAUGCAGCUCUCUGCUGUUUGUUGGCAAUAAUUACUGGUUUAUUAGUUACUUGAAA